ACUCCUCCGUCAAAUCAUACAGUGAUCUCUGACAGCUGGAGGUGCGUUUACUGGACAGCGGGUAGGAUCCGCAGUGAAGAACACAGAAAUGGACGAAAAGGCUUUUACCAAAGAGCUUGAUCAGUGGAUUGAGCAGCUCAACGAAUGUAGGCAGCUGUCCGAGGGACAAGUGAAGACACUAUGCGAGAAGGCAAAGGAGAUCCUGACAAAGGAGUCAAAUGUCCAGGAGGUGAGAUGCCCGGUGACCGUGUGCGGCGACGUUCACGGUCAGUUCCACGACCUUAUGGAGCUGUUCAAGAUCGGAGGGAAAUCUCCAGACACAAACUAUUUGUUCAUGGGGGACUAUGUAGACAGAGGGUACUACUCUGUAGAAACAGUCACUCUGCUUGUAGCACUAAAGGUACGUUUCCGGGAGCGCAUAACGAUCCUCAGAGGAAACCAUGAGAGCAGACAGAUCACACAAGUCUAUGGUUUCUAUGACGAGUGCUUGAGGAAAUACGGAAACGCCAACGUUUGGAAAUACUUCACUGACCUGUUCGAUUACCUCCCCCUCACUGCCUUGGUAGACUCUCAGAUUUUCUGUCUUCAUGGGGGACUAUCACCAUCUAUAGAUACACUGGAUCAUAUUAGGGCACUGGAUCGUUUACAGGAAGUACCACAUGAGGGUCCCAUGUGUGACCUGCUGUGGUCGGAUCCUGAUGAUCGCGGCGGCUGGGGCAUCUCUCCUCGAGGAGCCGGCUACACGUUCGGUCAGGACAUCUCUGAGACUUUCAACCACGCCAACCGCCUCACAUUGGUGUCCCGAGCCCACCAGCUGGUCAUGGAGGGAUACAACUGGUGCCAUGAGAGGAACGUGGUAACGAUUUUUAGUGCUCCCAACUACUGCUACCGCUGUGGUAACCAGGCAGCCAUCAUGGAAUUAGACGACACUCUUAAAUAUUCCUUCUUGCAGUUCGAUCCUGCGCCACGCAGAGGAGAGCCACAUGUAACUCGUCGCACCCCGGACUACUUCCUGUAAAUCCUGACCUCUUCUAUCGACUCGUGUAUUAUCAAGUUCCAGUAUCUUCAUUAUAUGACUUUGAACCAAUAUCAACACGAAUGAGGAACACACAACUGGGAGACUAGGAUGGGAGGGAGCAGCAGUGAACAUUGUAUCUCCACACAAUGACCGAAUAAAGCUUUUUCUAAAAGGAGUUUGUCUAAGGAUGGACCAAAUGUUGUGUGCCAUAAUCACUGCAGUGUUCAUUGCUGAGGACUUAUAUUUAAAACCCUCUUCCCAGACUAUGUAAAAAAAAAAAAAUACUAAUUAAAAUUCCUCAUUCUAUUAACAUGUAGCUGGGCUGAUCUAGUCUGAGGUAAACAUGCAGCUGUAUGAGUCCCACUGGUCAUGGCUUAAGUUAAUAAGAUCUGAAAAUAUGUUUGCACUUUUGUACAUUUAGAUAAAUUUAAGAAAUUUGUAUCAUAUGUUAAAAACGAAAGGCUUCACAUUAUACAUGUUUUAUGACUUUUUUUUAACCUUUUUUUUUGUUUUUUGGAAAAGGCCUAACUUAGAAAAGCUUUGGAGUUAAUUGUCUACUUUAAGUUAUAAGAUUCCUUCCUGUACAGUAACACAGUUUGGUUUAUGGAGUGUUGAACAUCCACUCACUUACUCCCUUUCAACUUUAAAACUGUAUUUUAACCAAGCAAUUACAAUAAUAAA